UCGGUGUGGGAGGAGCUGGUCGGGAGGCUCCGCUCCACUACUCUCCCAUGGUGAUGGUACGAGCGAGGGUGGCACUUCACAUCCCGCGUACCGGGACACAAUGUGAGCGGAACGGCGGGUCGACCGAAUCGCCUGCAGCCUCAUUUGGGGAACGUACAACUUUUUUUUUUUUUUUUUACAUUUAGCACGCCAUGGAAUGGUUAAGAUUCGUGGUGAAUUAUCGAGCGUUGUUUUGGGGAAGCGCUGGCGCUUUGUGGUCCCGCCGGCAGCGGCUAGUCGGGAUGCUGGAGCUCGCCUGAGAGAACCCCGGCCAUGUAUGGCGUCUUUUUAUUGGGAUUUGACUUCGAAGUUCUUCGACGACCAGCUCAAUAUUCAACCAUUGAAACUUCUCAAAUGGUGUACUUCGCCUUGUCCUCGACUCGUUUCCAACCUGGAUAAGAAAGGGAGGAGCAGCGACGACGUGACAACACCCCAACACGACGACCAGCGUACUUUCCCUCGUGACACAUCUGACUUGGGAUUCACUCGACAAAGGGCAUUUCAAAGAGCAAUUGAUGCAUCUUGGAGUGUCCGAGUCAAUGAGAGAGUGCGAGUACAGCCAAAUAAGCACUCGCAGUUCCACGCCAAUGGAGACCCCUUUCAAGAAAAAGACGCCAAAAAAGAGGAAGUGGGAAUCGUUUCCUGGUCGGAAUAAAUUUUACUGUGAUGGUAGGAUAAUGAUGGCCAAGCAGACAGGGGUUUUCUACCUCACCCUUGUCCUUAUUCUUGUGACCUGUGGACUUUUCUUCACCUUCGAUUGCCCGUGCCUGGCUCGGAAGUUGACGCCUGUUAUCCCAGUGAUAGGAGGAGUGCUUUUUCUCUUUGUGCUGGGAACACUGCUGAGAACCAGCUUCAGUGACCCAGGAGUGCUGCCCAGGGCCACUCCUGACGAAGCAGCCGACCUGGAGAGGCAAAUAGAUGUGGCGAAUGGCAGUACAGGCUACAGACCACCACCCAGGACCAAGGAGAUAGUGAUCAAUGGCCAAACUGUCAAGCUGAAGUACUGUUUCACUUGCAAAAUCUUCAGACCCCCACGUGCCUCUCACUGCAGCCUCUGUGAUAAUUGUGUAGAGCGUUUUGACCACCAUUGUCCCUGGGUGGGGAACUGCGUGGGAAGGAGGAACUACCGCUUCUUCUACAUGUUCAUCCUUUCGCUGUCCUUCCUUACCAUAUUCAUCUUUGCCUUUGUCAUCACACACAUCAUUUUAAGCUCCCAUGAAAGUGGAUUCCUCGGUGCUCUUAAACAUAGCCCAGCCAGCGUGUUGGAGGUGGUGGUGUGUUUCUUCUCUGUGUGGUCUAUUGUUGGCCUUUCAGGCUUCCAUACGUACCUUAUCAGCUCCAACCAGACCACCAACGAAGACAUAAAAGGUUCGUGGUCUUCUAAAAGAGGGAAGGACAACUAUAAUCCUUACAGCCAUGGCAAUAUAGUCACCAAUUGCUGUGCAGCACUGUGUGGACCUCUGCCACCGAGUCUCAUUGACAGACGUGGCUUCAUCCAGCUAGACACGCCACAGCUGACACCGCCAACCAACAGCAUUACUGUGUAUGGUUCCACACAGUCUCAACAGAGCCACAUGUGUGAUCAAGACCAGUGCAUUCAGAGCACUAAAUUCGUUUUGCAGGCCGCUGCCACGCCACUCCUCCAGCAGCAGAGCAGCGAGCCAGUCAUCAUGACGGCCUCGUCGGAAAACGGAGGAUCCCUCCCUGGCCGCACCUCACUCGGGCUGGGCGGUCCUUGCGCUUCACUCCCCCUCGGGCAGCCCACGCCUCCGACCUCCACGUCCAGCCUUAGCUGCCAGGAAUCCACCAACAUGCUGCCCAUUCAUGCGCACGGCCACUCGCACAACCACAGUCGCCCCCUCCAGGACCAGGUUGCACACCACCACUUUCUCACCCCAGAGGACCUGCCCUCACCCCCAGGUAUGCUUCCUUGCAACAGCCCUCUGGGUCACAGCCACACCGUGCAGGCCGGCUUCUACAAUCCAGCCAGCCAGGACUCGCUGCAUGAGGACUCUGUCAGAGGACUGGUCAAGCUAAGCUCUGUCUGAUACAAAGACACUCAAAUUGAACACGUGCACCCAGCCCCGAAAAUGUGCCACUUUCUGACAAGCGAGCACUCACCUUGGGUUUUAGGUUUCCAUCAUUGCCAUGGUAGGAACUCGGCUGCUGAUAAGGAACCUGAACACAACCCAACCAAGUCAGAGCAAGUGUCCUCAGCCAACAUCUUGCCAAACCUGUCUGCAGUGCUGACACACUUCUCUCGCUCCUUUUGAACUAGAUGGGGAAAUCUGUCCACCUCUAAAUGUGCACAAGGGUUUCUUUUCCAAAGUGGUGUGUGUCUGUUAGUCUCAGACAUUUCAAGCAAAGAAUACAGUGCCAUGAAAUAGUAUUGGUGUCCUCCUCAAAUUCUUAGAUUUUUGCAUAGUUUCCCCACUUUAACGUUGAAGAUCAUCAAACAAAUGUAAAUAUCAGACAAAUAUAACCUAAGUGAACUUAAAUUGCUGUUUUUAAAUUUCAUUUAUUAAGGCAAAAAAAUAUUCAAAGUUAUCUGGCCCUGUGAGAAACAGUAAUGGCCCCCCUAAACCUAAUAACUGGUUGGGCCACCCUCAGCAGAAACAACGGAAAGUAAGUGUUUUCUAUAACUGCCAAUGAGUCUUUCACAUUUCUGUCGUGAUAUUUUGGUCCACUCUUCCUUGUGGAAUUGUUUGAAUUCAGCCAAAUUGAGGGUUUUCAACUGUUUUGGAAUUUCUUUGGAUCGUGUCAUUUUGUUGCAGCUAUUUUAGAUCUGUCGUCCGACUUGAUUUUGUCGGGACCUAUUCUGUUUAAGUGAUAUCUAAAUUGAACAGCUCUGAGGGUAAUCAGGCUUGGGUGUGAUCAGUGAAAAUUAACCAAAAAUUGUGAUUAGCCACAAUUAAUUAAUGAUUUAACAAGGGGGUUAAUUACUUUGGUCACUGUUGGUGUAGUGGUUAAAUUCGCAUGACUUUGGUGCAGAGAGAGUGGGUUCAGUUCCCACUCAGUGACGGUGUGAAAGUGAGUGUGAAUGGUUGUCCGUGUCUACAUGUGCCCUGCGACUGACUGGCAACCAGUUCAGGGUGUAGUCUGCCUUUCGCCCAAAGUCAGCUGGGAUAGGCUCCAGCACCCCGUGACCCUGAACAGGAUAAGUGGUAUUGAGGCUAGAUGGAUUGAUGGGUAAUUACUUUUUCACACAGGGCCACGUAACUUAAUAAAUAAAAUCACAAUUUAAAAACAGCAUGUUAAGUUCACUAAGGUUAUAUUUAUGAUGGGUACAUUUGUUUGAUCAUCUUAAACAUUAAAGUGGGGAAACUAUGCAAAAAUAACAGAAUUGUAGAAGUGGGUCAGUACUUUUUCACUGCACUGUAUAUCAAUUCUUUUGACGGUUCUUGACAUUUUUGGUCAAAAAUCUAAAUUUUUGUCAGUCUCAUUGUUUUUAUUGUUUUCCCCAUCAGACAGACUAAUGCCUAUUUGCCUGUGGCUGAUUGGACAGUAUUGUUUCUGCCUUUUUUCCAUGUACACUCUCAGCAGUUGCAAUGGUUGAUGUCACCCUAUCGCAUAUCAUCCUACUUUUUCAUGUUGGGGGGGAAAUGACAGUUGUAUUGUACCAAGGUUAUUGAAAUUAUAUUUCCUGUGGAUAUAAAUAAAUCACCUACUUUUUAUGAGA